AUGGACUUUCCAAAUCCAAAGCACCCCCCACUGCGGUCGCAUCAGAUCUUGGACCUGCAUUCACGCCGUAGGCCCCACACUCUUCGAUCAGCCCCCACAACUGUAGGAAGUAAUCCUAAUGAGAGAGGUCUUCUUUAUCUUCUAGAGCGGAGGCAGCUGCCACAGGACUAUGAUCUAGAGGUCGCAUUGACUUCAGGUGAUUUGAUUCAGGCCAGAAAAGCGCCCAUUUAUAAUAUAUCACAGCGCAAAAAAAAGCCGAUAACAAUGACAAAUGGCUCCGUUUUCAGUGCAGUCAGGGGAUACAAACUUGACUACGACGAAAUUGGGAAGCUUCCGAAGAUGUUGGACGUAGCAGGGCUCAAGGCAUGGGAAGAGGUGCAAAGAUCCAAGGCACACGAGAAGGAAUCCCGCCCUUCCGUAGAAACAUUUAUGCAAAAUGCACUGACGCUAUCAAAAAGCGACACCCAUGGUAGAGACGACCCUCGAACUUACACCGAGCUACUAGACCUAUACUCUAUGCAUGAGUUCAUUAUUCGCAAAGGUAAAACCUUACGCUGCACUCCUGAGUUUGCAUCAUUUAAAAGACACUACGAGGCAUCCUGGGAUUGCAUUGAGACCAUGUUAGAAGUCUUGGAGGAUUUCCUAACCCUCUAUGAAGUAGAACUUGCCUACAUCGACGGCAAGAAGUUGGCAACCCUGGCCUCAUACCAGAUGGGCCGCCGUGUGGAGACCUCGGAUUUGCUAAAUUGCAUUGCCAACGCGGAGGAGAUAACGCCUUUGUUAACCGACAGUGCAAAGCAGUACCGGCUUGCCGUCAAAGGGGAACAUCUGGCCGCCACGAAGAUCCAGUCCACGUGGCGCAUGUACCGCCAGCGCAUCGCCUACCGGCAUCUCCAGCUCGGCACCCGCGCCGCGACGAUUAUCCAGCACCAAUGGACCCUUCACCGCUCUCACUGCAUGACGCGGCGAGCCAUUCGCGCCGCCCGUGCGAACCGCCUCGCGCGGUGGGCGAAAACCAUGGAAUCAUUCUGCGAAAAGUGGUCAGAAAUUCGCUCCGUCCGCCGCGUCGCGGUGCACAUUCCCUCUCUAUCCAUCCCAUCCUUUCAGUCAAGCCGUGUUCCUUUCUACAACGCCCGGCAGAUGGGCCUUUUGCCGCGUCUGUUUGAUCUGAAGGAUCCCAACGUGGAGGUGGUGCUCGUGGCGCCGUUUCGGCCUCAGGCGGAGAUCAUGAAGUACUACCAUUCGCUUCUAGCAAACGUUGGCGUGCACAACUCGGAGGGGCGUCUCACUUUAGUCGUUCCAGAGGACGUUGAUCGCUUGAAAAAUGGCAUGAGUCUAACACGCCUUACGCUUCUGUCGCCGCGGGUCAUGAAGGUGCUGAAGACGUUGUGCACAGGAAAGCCGGCGUAUAUCGUUCCCGGUGUGAUCGGGCCCGAAGAGUUGGACUUGGUCUCGGAGCUCAACGUCCCUUUGCUCAGCUCUGAUCCCCGUAUUGCCCAGGUGUUUGGCACCAAGAGUGGGUGCAAGAGGCUGCUAGAGGCUUCCGAUGUCGCACAACCACUCGGCGCCACCGCGCUACGAUCACGCGACCACUUGUUGCUCUCCCUCGUCAACCUCAUGGUGGAGCAUCGUGAUAUCAAUCGCUGGCUCAUAAAGCUGGAUACUGAAUGCGGCAGUCGCGGCCACGCAUACCUCGAUACGAGCCGCAUGAAAUCCCUCAAGGAAUGUCAGUCCUCCUCCCACAGUGUGCUUUCAGACGCUCUGCAUAAGGAAUUGGUAGAGUUUGGAGCACGGCGCGUGCGACUCGUGCACCCACACUGCUACCGUGACUGGAAUGCCUACUUGACUAUGGUGGAAACUGUCGGUGCGUGUGUCGAGGCAGUUCCCAAUCGUGUGUUGACAAACCUAUCCGCGAACCUCUUCAUUGAGCCAUCCGGUGAGAUACAUCUACAGUCCGUUGUGGAACCACUGCUGGCUCCGGCCUUCACGGUUCUAGGUAGCUGUUUUCCAUGCUCUAUUGCGCUAAAUACUGCACACGUAGAGUCGGCGGCGAUGCGGGUUGCAACUGCAGCGUUCCGUAAGAGAAUUUACGGCUACGUAUCUGUGGAUUUUGUUCUUUUUGAAAAAGAAACGAGCAUCAGCGACAGCGGCAGUGAUAGUCAAUCCUCAUCGAUCUGGGCGGUGGAUGUGGAUCUUUGCCUCACCAACAACGCCGCUGCUCACCAAGUGGCGUCAAUGUUAUUGAUUAAAUUUAUCCCAUCCGCUACUCUACCUCCAAUAAAAGAUAGGGAUCUCGACAUGGAGGGUAAUGAUGUCGAAUUGCAUUACAUCUAUAGUGGAUUGAUUUACAAUCCAUUUAUCUCGAGCAUUCGACAUGAAGCUUUCUUCUCGCUUUGUCAUGCAAAAGGUAUCUCGUUUGAUCGUAAAGAGCAGACAGGGAUAGUAUUUCAUUUGGUAGAUGUACUCCUUCGUGGUUGUGUUGGGGUUAUCUCCGUAGCUAGAAACAUAAACCGUGCGCUAAAGAAAAUGACCGUUUUUCAGAACCUGUUAAACAUGGAGCUGCCUAAGCAAGGUGAACAUUCAGCUGAAAGCAACAUUGUUUAUUUCUUAUCUAUCCAACAGCAACUGUCGCGCCUUAAGAACGAAUAG